UAUUAAAAAUAUAAAAUAUGUUUUUGAUAUUAAAAUUAGCGUUAUGGUUUUAGAUGAUAAUUAAAAAUAACAACCACAUACCAAAUUUAAUAUAAUUUAAAUACUAAAUUUGAUGUCAUGACUAAAGUUACUUUUAAACAAUGGAUUUAUAAAAUUGUGGUGAUUAUUUUCUAAACCGUCUAUACUAUUAUAAUAUUGUAAAGUAAAUAAUAUAUAGCUUAUUAUUCAUAAAUUAUAAUAAUUAAUGUAUUAUAAUAUAUACUCUUACAAAAAUAAUCUAAUAUAAAUUUUAUUUAUAAAUAAUAAUAUUUUAUAAUUUAUAAAUAUCUAAGUUGUCUAACUAAUAAUCUAGACAUUCAUUUAAUCAUUUUGUGCCAGGUGUUGAGUCACCAUCUGCUUAGCUCUUUCUUGAACACUGCUCUUAAAAUUUAUUUUUUGGCUUCCUAUGUUAGGCUUCCUUCUAGAAGAACUUGAUUAUUUCACAAAAGAAUCAUACCUUAUAUCAUAUGUUGUUAAUAUAAUAAUUUCAGUGUUAAAAACCCAAAAAUAGUAAAUUUUAGUUAUGCAUCCAGAUUUCUAAACCGGGACCCAAAGUUCUUUUCCAGUGGAUUCAUAUAUAUUUUCCUAUUUAUCUAUGAUAUACUGAUCUCUGUAACCUUAUACCUGAUAUUAUUAAAAGAACGUGAAACCAGAAAAAGUAUACCAUAUUUGAGUUUAGCUUUCUAUGAUUAUGAAGAGUAACAAAUAUUCCAGUUGUGCUGUCAAACAAUCACAGAGUAGUAAGAGCUAAAUAAAAACAAACAUAAAAGAGCUCUAAUUCAUUAUACAACGAAUAAUUAAGGUAUCAAACAACUGGAAAUUAAGUUGUUAAUGUGACAGAUAAUAGUUCGAAUCUGAUCAAAGGCAAAGCGAACUCGGAACAUGCCGCGUAGUCAUCAUGCAGCUAUGUGGGCUCCAACAAAGCAUGUACCACAAAUAUUGUUUAAAAAUACAAAAACUAAUGAGAAAUUUACGCAUAACGAAUAUAAUUAUUGAUUGAAAGUAAACAAUGAGAAGACGAGAUUGAUGGAUGUAAUUAAGAAUCUAUUUUGAUGAUACGUAUUCCCCCAACCUCGAUAGAAUUUGCCGGUGGUAACCAUAUAAAGAAAUGAUAAUAAAUCAAAUGCAGAUGAAUACGAAUAUAAUUAAAGAACAAUACAUAUCAUCAUCAUUAUCUCAUUAAAAAAUCCGUUGUUUAUAUGAUUAUGAAUUAGUCUUACGUAUCUUAACAUUAAAAUAACUUUUAAAAAUUUCUCAAUAUAAACAAAAAUUAAAGUAUGAUAGCGGUAUUUGAAAAAGAAAAAAGAGUGAAGAAAAAAAAAAGUGUGAAGAACAUAUAUUCGAAGUAGCAGUGUAAAACAUCAAACAAAAAAUGUAAUUAAAAUUGUUCUUUAUCGAAAGUUUGAAACUAAAGUAGAUGGAUUAACCAACCAACCCAAUAAUACUAGGGAAAUUGCAUCUCUGAAGAUGUGUUGCGGUAUAGGUCCUGUUACUUUAUCUGGUUCUGCGAGAGUACCACUUAUAAUCUACAACUGUGAGCACAAAUCACAAUUUAGUAUUUUGUGGAACUAAUCGCUGAUCACUAAUUCAUAUUAUUGAAAAGAAUUUAAACAUAAUUUGAUUGCAGUCUUGCAGAGCAUGGUCGUUAGUCCUAACAACAUGCAAACCGAACAUGGUCAUAGUAACUUGUAACUGUAGAAGGUUAAAAAAAAAACAAUUUAACUUCACAUCUAAAGGAUUCAUUCUAAUUUGCACACAAUAAAAAGGAUUCAAUUCUAAUUUACAUCAAAAUAGUUCAUCCUCCUCACCACAACAAUUACUAUAGGGCAACAUAAGAAGAUCUUUAAAAAAUAUAUACAAUAAAUGUCAAAAAACAUGCUCCCAAAAAAGAACAUGCUCGUGUGGGUUAAUAUAGAAUUAAUUACCGAAUAAUUAAGAAAAUAAUUACAAUAAAGACAGAGAGGUUAAAUAAGGCAAAGCAAACGGACAGAGGAAAGAAUCGUGUGCCUCUUUCGAAAACUCUAGUGCCAUUCUUCGGACAAUCCAUCUUCUUCUUCUUCCUUCCUUAUUGUCUCUUUCUUCACAGCUUUCAAUUCUUUUUUUAUAAAAAAGCCUUUGAUCAUUUCCUUUAUUUUAAUUAAAAUAAAAACACAUCUCUUGUACUAUUUUUUUAUUUUCCUUUUAAUUCUCUCUGGGUUGGUCGUAAAAGAGAGACUUCACUUCACAUGGUCUUUUGAAUGGGUGUGUGUGUGUGUGUAAGACUUGUUCUUAGGGAUGUGUUUUGAAGAAACCAAGUGAUUAAAGAACAAACCCACCUAUUGUAGGUUGCUUGGUUGGAAGCAAAACUGGCAGUUGGGAGAAUUCCACUUUUGAGAGAUAAAAAAAGCAUUGUUCUUUGAGAUGGGUUUCAUUGUUUGAAGAAAACUCUGUGGAGGAAGAAUAAUGGAUUACUUGUCUCAAGAGGAAGAUUUGCACUUCUUUGAUGCCAACGAGGAAGAGAUGAUGAAUCCAAGUGCUUUUGGUUUCCAUGUUUGGAAUGAUUCACCUGGAAGCGUUGUGGAGCGGCGGAGGAGGUUCUUGGAGUGGAUGGGAGUCGAAGGAGAUCUGAAGAAUAUGGAUGUCGAGUCUCAAGAGAUUUGUAUUGAAGCUGAGCAAGGGUACAGCAGUUUCUCUAGCCAAGUAUCUUCCUCUGGUUCUGGUUCAAGCGUGGUUGAAGUAGUUUCAGAGGAGUUGUCUCUGAUGAGAGUUGAUAAAAAUGUCGGUGGAUGUGAUGUGACGAGAAGGGAAAGCUCUUCAACGGCAGCAAGUUCUGAUUCCAGAUGUUGUCAGGUGAAGGAAACAGAGAAGCAGAGCAAGAAGGGAUGGUUAACAAGGCUGCUCUCUAUGGGAUGUUCCGCGGAUACAAAGGUAGAAUCUGGUGGUGGAACCAGAGCUUCUUCCACUGGCUAUGGUGAUGUGCUUUCAAGAGUUAAGGUCAAGCAUUGUAAGAAACAAGCCAAGGAGCUCUCAGCUCUUUACCAGAGUCAAGACAUUAAAGCACACAACGGUUCCAUCUUGGCGAUGAAGUUCAGCCGCGAUGGGAAGUAUCUUGCGAGCGCUGGUGAAGAUGGGGUUGUGCGUGUGUGGAAAGUCAUUGAGGACAAGAGAUCUAGACUGCUUCGAAAGGAUUGCCUUAACGAGAUAAACCCUUCUUGUAUGUACUUCGAGGUAAACGAUCUUGCUCAGUUGAAACCUGUCUUGUUGGAUGAGGAUAAGAAACCAAACAAGACGACAGAAAGUUUCAAGAAAACAUCUGAUUCAGCCUGCAUUGUCUUUCCUCCUAAAGUUUUCCGGUUAGUGGAGAAACCGUUACAUGAGUUCCGUGGCCACGCUGGUGAAGUCUUGGACAUCUCUUGGUCAAAGGAUAAUUCUCUUCUCUCGGCGUCAAUGGAUAAAACUGUCCGGUUAUGGAAACUCGGUAGCAAUGUUUGCCGUGGAGUUUUCCCUCACAAUGGUUAUGUAACUUCUGUUCAGUUCAACCCUGUAAAUGAGAACAACUUCAUGAGUGGUUCAAUUGAUGGAAAAGUUCGGAUCUGGAACAUUUCUGGUUGCAACGUUGUUGAUUGGGCAGAUCUUAAAGACAUUAUAUCCGCAGUGUGUUACCGUCCGGAUGGACAGGGAGGAAUCAUUGGUUCUCUAACCGGAAGUUGCAGAUUCUUUAGCAUGUCUGGAGACUACUUGGAGCUGGACUCUCAGAUACAUUUGCAUCACAAGAAGAAGUCUUCAAAUAAACGGAUUACUGGUUUUCAGUUCUUACCACAAGACCAGAGCAAAGUCCUGGUUGUUUCUGCGGAUUCCAAAGUCAGAAUCCUCCAAGGCAACGAUGUCGUCAGAAAAUACAAAGGCGUUUGCAAGACGAGGAGCCUCACGUCAGCGUCUCUCACGUCUGAUGGAAAGCACAUUGUUUCAGCUUGUGAGGACUCCAAUGUAUAUAUAUGGAGCAAUGUGGAGGAAUUAGAUUCAUCUUCUUCUUCCCAAACCAAGAAGAUUAAAUCUUUUGAACGUUUCUCCACCAAUGCAUCCGUUGCAGCUACCUGGAGUGGAUUCUCAGAUCACAACGCAACUCUCCCGUUUGCUUCACCCCCUUGCUUAUCUCUUAACGAAGGAUACGUCCCUGGAUCAGUUCCCAAAGGAAGCGCAACAUGGCCAGAGGAAAACUUACCUGCUAACAAUCCUCUCUCUUCAAUGACUGCAUCUCAUUACAAGUUUCUUAAGUCAUCAUACCAGAGAUCAACUAGCUCUCUGGCAUGGGGUAUGGUCAUUGUAACAGGUGGUUGGGACGGAAGGAUCAGAACGUUUCAGAACUACGGCUUGCCUGUAACUGUAACUUGAAGAAGAAUACUGGUUUGGUUUUUUUUUCCUAAGUUUGGAAAAACAAAAGCAGAUGCCAUUGUUCCUUUCUUGCUAGGCACAAGCACAUGGUUCUGGCAGGUCUAUGGUGGGGUCCCAAAGCACAAACCAGAUCUAUCCUCAGAUUUGUGCUAUUGUUCAAUAGUCAAAAGGAGACUCAAAAUGCUAUUUUUCACUAGUCAAGAUGAUGUAGAGAAAUCUAUCAAGAAGGGUCAGUGAGAGAUUUGAUGUAGACGGAGGGGAUGAUAAGGAACAGAUGUUUCUUUCUUUGGCAGUAAGUGGCGGUUGGAAAAUGGGUCUUAAUAAGUGUACGGAUUUUUCUGACAAAUAUUGACAGGCGAGUGUGGGGUCCAAAGAAGAAGAGGCAAGAGAUCAUGGAAAGGAGUGGUUGAAGCAGAAAGACGUUGAUGUUACUUCCACAGAAAAGAUCCUCCAUGGAAGAUCUUUCAUAUGAGUAAAAGAAAAAGAAAAAAAGAAGGUUUUAACGGUAGUGAAAGGUUUUGUUUGUAUAAUUUGAUUCUAACGUGUAGGCGAAUUUGUCAGCUUAUUUUGUAGAUUUAAAUAUUUGGAUUUAUGUCUGAUUAGAGGAAAAAUCAGUUGAUUGUUAGCUCCCUCUAUCUCAGAGAGGCUCCGAAAAUUUGUAUUUGUAAUUUUGUGUAAAUAUGAUCUGUUAGUACAAAAAAAAAAAAAAACUUUUUUACUGAUAUCAA